CUUUAUAAAAAUAUAACAUAACAAUGACUACAUUCUUUUAUGAAGAUGGACAAGAAAACCUUCUCAAUGAACAUGGAGAAAAAGUUUACGAUCCAAUGGAAGAUGUUUUAACACAAAUUGACGAUCCCAAUAUAGUUCUUGAAACGAUAACCAAUCGAGAAACUUACUUGAGUGCUAAACGCCCCGAAAAAGCUACUGGUGAACCAUCAGUUACGAAGCCGUUGAAAUACCAUGAAGCCGGUUUCCACAUCAACAUGAGACUCAAUUGGGCCAGAUCGAAAAGUGGAAAAAAGGCCAUCGUAAAGCAACCACAAACCAGAGCACCAACACAUACAAUCAUUGGUGCCAUUCGCUCCUCUAGCAUUAUUCACGUUGCGAAGAAGCUUUUAAAGGAAGUUAUAUAGUUCUAGAUAAUGCUUCUAUUCAUAAGUCUAAGCCGAUGAGAAGAAAGAUCGAGAGUAAGGGUUACAGAGUAAUGUAUCUGCCUCCCUACUCGCCUGAAUUGAACCCUAUUGAACAGUUUUGGGCAAUAGUUAAAGGGAAGAUGAAGCGUGACAGACUAAUGAAUGAAGAAAAUCUGUCUAGUAGAAUUACUGAUGCUUGUAAUGAUAUACUCAUCAGUGACCUUAAUGGUUUCUGUAAUCAUUCUAAGCGCCAAAUUGUUAAUUGUUAUAAUAAGACACCUUUCUAAUAUACAGUCGUUCCAACGCCAAAGGG